GAAGAUAAAGAGAAGAAGCAAAGAGAAAAAACGCUGAUUUAAAGAGCCGAUAGAAUCAGAAAGAGAGAGAGAAAAAAAAUCAAGAAUACAUGAAGAAAUACACGAAGGAGGAAUGGAGAAUUGAAAGAGAUUCCUCACGAGAUAAAGGAAUGAGGAGGUAAAACGCGUCUUAAGGGAGGAGAAGAGACGUGACACCCUCGUAACACAGCCCCGGAGAACGGAGAAGAGACGAAUGUUGAAAAGUUGAAGAGAAUCGCGGAGAAACGGGGAAACACACAGAGGAGGCGGUGAAACAGCGAUCUCGAGAAUCGAACGGAGAGAGGUGGAGGAGAGAAAGAGCGUGCGAAUGGUAGGAAAGUGCGCGUGUGUGUUUGUACGUGCCGCGCGCGAACGUACACCAUCAUCGAACCUCCGAGAGUGGCGGCCACGCCGCCGAUUUCUCGGAGAGAGAACGGGAAGGUGGGGGUCCUUCGGUGUGUGUGUAUAUACCCCGGCCACAGGCCGUGUUAGACGCCGCCGUUGGUCGUGUACAACAGCCUUCGCAUUCUUCGGAGAAGUGAAAGCAGUUUCAGGGAAAUUCUGGUGGCGACCGAGCACAGGCAUUCGUUCGUUCGUAUUUCGCGUACGCUUCGUUCGUAAAGCCGAAAGCGGAGAAUUGGUCGCUCGUGUGUUUGUUUUCUCCGCGCUUUGGUCAAAACCGCGGAAUAAUCGAAUUCAAGCGCGCUAAACGAAUUCGAUCGAGAGAGUCUGGGGGGGGGAAAAAAAAAAAACCAAAUCUUUCCCUUGUCUUUUUUUUUUCCACCAGACAGUAUCUCGAGAUUUUGUUACGAAACGGUAAAUAAUUUUCUGUGAACGUACACGCAGAAACGAGAGACGUUAUGCGCGCGUCGUACGCGCGAAACAGAUGGCGAGUUAUUAUUCGUACGCGAUUUUGUGCCCCGCGGUGAGAUAAUGGACAAGCGCCAUGAGGCACCCGCUGCUACUACGUGGAGAACCGUGUUGCGAAAUCGUCGUCACAGGAGAAUAGAAAAUCGUUGUGCUUAUGAUUAAAUAUCAAGUCGCACAAAAUGGUGUCGAGACGGAAGAUACUUUCGCGCUCGCGAGAUAAUCUCGUGGAAUCGCAGUACGAGGAUCAAGACGAGGAAGACGUGUGGUAUAAUUUGGACAAAUUGUACAAGGAUCACAUACAGGAAGUCUUAGACAAAUGGAAUCAAAUAGACGACGAAAUUUGGGCGAAGGUAAUUGUUUUCGAGAGAAACAGACGAGUCGCGAAAGCGUACGCCAGAGCGCCCGUUCUGACGAUAAACGGCUCGAACGACGGAUUCGACGGAUUCAGGAUAGGACUUUGUGGAUUUGACAAUCCCAUGCGGGAUCCGAAAACGGAAGAGGCGAAACGUCACAUUAAUCAGGGUGUGAAGAUAAAGAUGGACGAGCAGGGCAACAUUCUCAUCAAGAGAUUGUGCAAGAACAACGUGUACGUCAAAUCGACGAAUCAGGAGGACAACGCGAUCGGUUCGGAGAUCAUACGGAAUUCGCAGGGCGCGCUCGAGCACGAGAAACCCGGAAAGCUGUUCGAUAUGAAUAAAUUCCAAACGAAUCUAUCGCGAGAAACACGGAGAGCUUACCCGGACAGACGACGAUUGGAGAUGCAAUGUCUGAGCGCGAUAAUAUUCGUGAGAACGGAAGCCGAUUUGCUUCAGUGUCCGGUCUGGGUGCUCAUCGUCAAUGUAGUCGGACUGGAUAUGCUCAAAUCGAAGCUCCCACCAGUUUUAGCGCUCCAAAGGCCGGUGGACAUAAAGAAUAGACCUAGAAUACCAAUUCCGGACGAAGAUCCCUACAGCGUGGCCGGCGUGUCGUCCGUAGGUCCUAGCGAAAUAAUGUCAACGGACAGAGAUUCACGGGAGCAGAUCUACGUGCAAUCAACGAGUUACCAGCAGCGCCGCGCGGAAAAACCACCGAAAUUGCCUCCUAGAGAGAAUCUCUACGGCCAUGGUAUUCCCAAACCUGACUACGACGAUAUAGAGGACGAUUACAGCAGAGCGAUAAAACAUCCCAUAAUGAACGAUGAGAAGCGAAGUAAACACGACGAUAGAAAAAAAUAUGACGAUCCGUAUUAUUGCGGUUUGCGAGCGCGCGUGCCCAAUUUUGUGAAAAUGGCGAGAAACGGUCAGAGUAAAGUAACGGGACCGCCGCCUCCUCGAGGACAUCCCAGGACACAGCCGGCGCCGUCCUACGCGGGCGCCGCGUACGCUAGUAGUCAAUCCUCUCAAAUAUACGGACAUCUACCUGCACAUCGGCCACCCAUUAUGUAUCAUGCCAGAAGCUUCGAAAGCGGACUUGAUUCGGACAUCAGGAACGAGUCACCGUACAACCACAUAUACGGAAGGUUACCGAUCCCAACAAGAGGCGUAAUACCUCCGACUCCGCGUGCUAUGUAUAUUGGAGAGUGGGAUUAGAUGUAAGAAAAAUAUCUCUUUAGCGUUUUGUACUUAUAAGCUCUGUAUAUUGUUAAUAUACCACAUAAAUACUCAUAUUUUUUAUGCUA